AACAUCAUGAACGAUAGGAACCAGAGGACUCAUCUCGACGUACAGAUCGUUGUCUUUCGAAUCGGUCUCGUUUUCCCGGUACGUGUUCUGCUGCUUCUGCAGCUGCUUCGCUUUGCCGCCCAGAAUAGGCGAGUCCGAUAGUAUGGCGUCUAUCAGCGGCGUCUUCCUGAUCGACUCGAUCGCGCAAUACUUGACCAAGUCCCUGAUAGCGUCUAUCUCGCAUCUACCUCGGACGAUGGAAUCCGACUCAUCCAGGCUGUUCAGGUAGUUCCUGCUGCAGGUGGCAGGAUCUUUCAGAUCAUUCUUGAACAACGCCCUAGUUAGCUGCGCCUUCUUGAUCAAGUUUUUCGGAUCGAAGUCCUCCCACUGGGACCCUGUCGUAUGGUACACGUGCCUCGGCGAGUUGUCCGCCGUGUACCUUCUGAUCUGAUCGAUUGUGCUCACCAGGGUGCUAACAGAAUCGCGGGCCGGUCUACCGUAAUCUAAUUUCUCCUCGUCGUGCUCCUCCAGAAUGGUGUCCAGAGCAAACAUGCCGCCCUUCUCGUCGAUCACCACGGGUUUCGCGAUAUAGACGGUGGCAUUUUGCUCCUCCGUUUCGGACGGCCUCUUCGCAGUGGACGCAUCCUCAUUGUGAACCGUUCUUAACUCCCUGGGAUCGAUCAGGUCGUAAGCUAACGUGUCGAGGUAGUCGUCCUGUUUCAAAAUCCCCCUGAGUAUCGAGCUGACGCAAGUUAUAUCAGAGAACUCCGAGCUAUACGUCGUCCCCGUGGUGGUGCUGGUCAAAGUAUCCCUCCGUCUAUCCCUGACCACGCUGUCGUCAUGAAUAUAAGUCUCUAUGUCCGUGUACCCCUUCCAACUACGAAUGCACCACGGGGGUCUAGCUACUCCUAACGGACAGACAUUUUCAUAGUCGUGUAUGGAGGUGACGCAGCUCAUGGUCUCGUCCCUCUGCUCCUUCGUCAGCUUCUCGGUCUCCGAGAUCUUCUCACGAGCAUCGUCGAAAAUCGGCGGGGUUUUCAGGCGAUCCCUGCCGGAGAUCUUGACGUUGUUCACGGUUUCAUGGUCCUCCUUCUCGCUCGUUCCGUUACGAGUUUCGCCGAUAGAUCUGUCCUCCAGCAGAUCGUCGUGAGCCCCGCUCAUAUUUUGCAACUUCUUGUCCGCAAGCUUGUCGUUCUCGUCGUUUUCCAUCUCGAGAAUCAACUGGGUCGAGAAGCAAAUUCCUUGCCGCUUUCGCGACGGCCCCGGCAAAUUCGACGACGCUGGUGCCUCGGUAGACAUGGUCUCUAUGUCGAAGCCGUGGCUCGUCGGCAGGCAGAUGCCUCUACGUUUUUGCCGGUGAACGUUCUUUUUCUCAGCAGCAUCGUUGCAGUCGUUCUGCAUCUCAAAUUCUCGGGCCGCGGUGUCUGGGAGGAACGACCCCUUUGAUUCACCCCCAGCUCCGCCCCCGCCACCCUCGUCCUUCAGGGGAGCAUCGUUGUGCGCCGACUCGCAUUCAGAGACGACGCGAACGGCUGCAGUCUUCGAUUCGCUGGCGACCUUGCAGCUCUGGUUGAUAACGCCGGUCUCCGCGCAGUCCGAGCUCUGCACGAUGUUCGUUAGCAACGAUUGCUUGUCCGUGGUGACCUCUUCGGACGCAGUCCCUUGAGAAUGACCGACGGAACACGACGAGUUCGCGUAAUACUGUUUGAACGAUCGAGGCGUGCCCGUCGUCUUGAUCGCCGUUUCGGUCCGCUUGUCGUCGGCGGCCAUCGACCCGCCCCCGAUCAUCACUUUCGAGGGAUGAUAUUUACCGUAGUAAAGUAGCAUACUCGACAAACCGAUCAUCAUCCCUCCGGCCACCAGGCUGGUCACUGUCGCGAUCUCCUCGGUCCUGAUUGUGUUCUUGUAACAGAACACGUAGACCACCAGGAAUACUGUGUUCUCCACCGUCACGACGAAGUAGAAGAUAAGCAUUCUGUACCGGGACCGGCCAACCCGCAGAUUAAAGAAAUCGAAACAAUAAAUUAGCCCUAUGAUACAAUUAUAAAUACGCUCCUCCCACAUCGUCGGACAGAAGUCUGUGUUCUGUAGGAUCACCCAAACGGUCAUAAACAGCCAAUGGAGUCCUGCGAACAGAGGGAAUUAUGAGGCGCACCGCCGUCGAACGCAUAAAUCUAUUUCUAGUCGGCGUUUUUUAUCUGCCGCUGGUAGAAGCCUCUGCUGACACACUUACCCAGGAACAACAAAAACCAUUCCCUUAGACAAAGCGCCGUUAAGACCAAAACGGCUAUUCUGGAGAUCAGCAUACCCGCUCGCCAGAGGCUCUGAAGAGUCAAUGCCACCCAUGUCGCCUCGUGAUCAGGAUUUAUUUUGUGCAUCGCUUUCGUAUAGGUGCCUAUCGCCCAGCUCAGCGAACAAAAGGACACUACGGCCGACAGACCUGUUGGAUUAUUCGUUUAAACAUAAAUACUGACUGUCCGUGGUUCUUUUUCUCGUGGAGCAGAGACAGUGGUAGUCGUCUUAUUUUUAGCUCUUUAAAUGCUCCCACGCUCUGCUCGAGGAAGAGAGUAGUAUUUUUAAAGUCGUCAUAGCACGGGCUUCCCUUAUGAUAUAGACAACCAGUAGUUGUACGGUUCGAUCGUGGAUCGAGAUGCGUCUUCCAUGAAAAGAUAGAACCUGUCCAGAAUAUCUUUGUUCCUGCCACUGUUAUCUGUGGGGGCGGGCCGCCGCAGGAAAUAAAAAUAUGCAGACUCAGAGCUACAGUUCUCUUCCAAACUCUGUGUGCUACAGCAUCUUUCUGACGACAGUAUUAUUAUUUUAGAGAAUUCUUUUUUAUACACAACAGGAGAAUACAAAAUGCCAACGGCAAAAGUGACGGAACUCGAGAGCCAAACGAACAUACGUCCAUGUUUUUUAAAAGUGAAGUGUUUACAUGUAUUUAGUAACAUGUUCUUAGGACUACAUAGGCAGCUUACACUAGUGAAACUGAUUACAAUAGUAGCUAUAAUAUUCGUGUCGUUGAUAUUCUUACUGAACUUGUUGCACAAUUCGUGUUUACAAACGAGUAAACAUUUGAAAUUUGUGAAUUACAUCGACAGUAAAUAUUAUAAACAUUACGAUCCGGUCAGAAAUAAAACGUCUUUAACUACAUUGACGACGAAAGAAAUGGAGAACAUAAGAUUGCAAUUGAGCAAUAGAAAAAAUGAAUUGGAAAAGUAUUGCAAAAGUAUUGUAAGACCAGUGUCGAACAUAGACAAUGUAUUGUCCAACAUGAUCAUCGAUACAGUGCACGCGAUAUCAUGGUGCCCCAUAUAUAAAGCUGCAAGUUCUACGUGGAUGAAGCAUUUUGCUACACUCGGUGGUGUGCUAACGGAAACAGCUAUGGAAUUGAUCCGCCGAGAUAUUUUGCAAAUUAAUACUAUCGUCAGAAAGGCAUUCCCACGUGACAGAGACAUGAAAAAAGCAUAUCAAAAGCUGAAUAAAACAAUGAAAUUUCUUAUCGUUCGACAUCCAUUUGAACGUCUUGUGUCCGCAUACAGAGAUAAAUUAGAACAUAUACAGGGAAGAGAUUACUACUACAAAAGAUUUGGGCGUCAUAUCGCGCACAGGUAUCACAAAUAUAGACAACCGAACGAAACGAAGUUAGAACCCACAUUCACAGAAUUUCUGCAUUUCAUUGCGGAAGAAAAAUAUUUUGACGAACAUUGGGCGCCGUUCAUCGAUACGUGCGAACCAUGUUUAAUUCAAUAUAAUUACAUCUUGAAAUUCGAUACUUUCGACAGAGAUCAACAGUUUUUGAUACAAGAACUAGGUUUAGGCAAUUAUUUAUACGAAAAGAGCGAUUUGAAAAACAUAAAUCCGCGAGGAGUUACAACUACUGCUCUAGUUAAAGAAUACAUGCAGAAUGUUCCUCGAUCGUUACUCGACGUAAUUAAUAAGGUUUACGAAAACGACUUUAAAUUGUUUUCUUAUUUACCUCUGUGAUAAUUUAAAGACACUUGUCUUUGCUAGUGAUAAAAACAUGAAUGUGAUAAAUAGUUGCAUUUAGCCAGAAGCUGUGCACUAACGGUUUCUACCAUAAAUGUAGGUAAUGUGACUAUUUCAAUUGCCCUUACUUGUCCACAGUGGUGUACGACGUAAUACUGCCAUAAUGUAUAGCUGCAAUAUUAAUUGCGGAGCAGCCCCCAUAAACGAUUCGAACAGGUGUAGCAUGCAUAUAUCGCUUUCCUGUCUGUAUACCCAAUUUUUAUCCUUUACAAAUCGUUUGCUCCUCAAUGAAUAAAUUGUAGCAUAAAGUAAUAUUAAAUACCUAAAAACAAAAAUACUUUCUCUCAGAGAAAACACGACCGCAGAUCGUGAAGUAAUUAGAAUACAAGAAUUUAAAAAAAAAAAUACCUUUGUAAUACUCCUAAAAAGAGAAAAUGUAACAGCCAAUGUAUAGCUUUAAUGGAGCCAUCGCUUUGAUACCAUCUCAAACUAAACAUUUGUAUAACAGCAGCGGGUAAAAUUGUGAAACUCAAGGCAAAGCAUCCCCAGAUAAAUUGGCCUUGUAAAAAAUACUCCGUAAAAACAAUACUGUCUACAAAAAAGAAGAAUCAAAUAAUAAUUUAUAUAUUAUUUGUAGAUACGCUUAUUAAACGCAUUUUAUUUAUGAACGUUAUACGCAUCGACUUGUCUCAUAAUUUGCAUUUAAAACCUGUAUCAAGUGUAAUAGGCAUCGAUUGAAUGAAAUUCUUUUGUAUCAUAACACAGUAUUUAAUUGUAGCUUAUAUUUAUUAUACAAUACAUAUAUUAUUCAGUAAUAAUUGUUAUUGUACCGUGAAAGACUAGCAUGAAAACAAUACACACACACAACAGUAAUAAUGUCUAAUAUAUGUUAUAUAUUAACGACAACGAUACAUUCGACUCGUGAAUAACUGUUUAUCUUCGUUGACGAUCAAGCAUUCGUCAAUCACGAUUAUCAUGGAUCGAUCGAAACAGAAUUUCUAAAUGCAAUAGAGAAAAUACAUGGUAUUGUUUCUUUUUUUGUUCACCUGUUGCUAUAUCGAUGAAAAAAAAACUGACAGAUAUCAUGUAGUAAAUUAAAUCGAAUAAUCGGAACCGGUAACAUUCGAUUUCCCUGUGCGACAUCGCUGUCGAUGCAUUUCUUUUCUGAGUUUCGUAGCACGAAGCAUUGUCAUGUUUUAACUCUGCCGCCGCCAUCUUCCCGGCCAUUCUUUAUUCAAUUCCACACAAUAGAUGAAAGAACGCGUUCCACUAUCAGUCGCGUGCCUUCCAUUUUUUUUAUUUAUGUUCGAGCUCGGCCUAAGCUUUGAUUAUCGAUUUUUCUGUUCGAAACCAUUUGGGCAUAGAUAUAAAUGUGAGGGAAAUGAAAUUCCUUUAUGAACGAAACCACCGCAACCGAUCGCAACGAAAACAUUACGAUCACAACCACUGACCACAAACAUUAAUUACAACCAAUCCCGAAUUGAAAUCGGCGAUUUCAAACUAAACACGUGCCAAUGAGAAACCGAUUGACACGACUCAUUCGUCGUGGCGCUUUAUAUGAAAUAUAAAUUUCAAUUUGAAAAAACA